UUCUCUUAUACACAUCAAGGAUUUUUAAUAGUUUGGAAUAUUCAUAUAUUUACCAUUAUGGCGUCAAGCUCAGAUUUUGAAGACGAGUCAUAUAGUCCAGAAUCAUCCGAGAAUUAUUCUUUUAAUAUGACCUGCGUAAAGACUGAAGGUGAACUAUGUUUUGGAUGCGGUGGAAUGAUACAUGAUAGAUAUUUAUUAAGAGUAAAUGGUUGUUCUUUUCAUGUUGAUUGUUUACGGUGCAGUGUUUGUGAUUGUGUUUUAGAACGUCAGUCAUCAUGUUUUAUAAAAGGAGAUAAUAUUUACUGCAAAGUUGAUUAUACAAGAGAAUAUGGUGCUAAGUGUUCCAAAUGUCAGCGUCACAUUCAACCAAACGACUGGGUAAGACGUGCCCGAGAUAAUGUCUAUCAUCUUGCCUGUUUUGCUUGUGAUAGUUGUAAAAGACAAUUGUCUACUGGUGAAGAAUUCGCUCUACAAGAUGACAGAGUUUUAUGUAAAACACACUAUAUUGAAGUUUUAGAAGGUGGUCCCAGCUCAGAUCCAGAUUCAAUUCAAAAACAGAAAGCGAAAAGAGUUCGAACUACAUUCUCAGAAGAACAAGUACAAGUAUUGCAGGCGAAUUUCAACAUUGAUAGUAAUCCAGACGGCCAAGAUUUAGAAAGAAUUGCUCAAAUAACCGGACUCAGUAAGCGAGUAACCCAAGUUUGGUUUCAGAAUUCCCGAGCUCGCCAGAAGAAAUACCAACAACAACAAUCAAAGGGUGGUCGAUCCUCUAGUCCCAAAUCAUUGAAUAGUUCGAUUAUGGGAGAUUCACUGAGUCCACAAUGGUCGAGCGGUGAUGAUUGCCAUAUGUUCGAGUAAAAACGUUCCACCUGGAUAGUUGAGACUUCCAAUGGAGAAAACUCCACGUGCCAAUUUUGUUAAGACGACAUAUUAUAGUGCAUAUAAAAUGAAUUGUGAUAUACGAUAGUGUUUUUAAAAUAUAACAAUCAAACUAACUUUCAAAUCGUGACGUUAACUUCGACAGGAAAGAGACACACCCGAGUUCGACAAUGUCAUCAAAAAAGUUUGAUUCCACAAAGUUUGAAGUCAGAGAACAUAAUUGUUUUGAUUGUUUUGAUUUAAAACAUUAUCUGUUUUAGUUGUUUUCAUUAUUUCAAUUGUUCAUAAUUAUUCAUUUGUUGUAUAAUUUAUUCAUUUUAUGUAUAUAGAUAUCAAGCAAGUACUAUGUAAAUAUUAUACAAUUGUAAAAAUACAAUAAUAACUUAUG